AUGAACGGCACGAAUGGCACAAACGGGCACCACGCUGCCCCGCCAACUCUCAAAAGAGCCGAAGAAGUUGAGGAUCUACUCGAUGCUGUGAAGGGUCUCAUUGUCCCCUACAUCAGGGUGGCCGACGAGGCUGCUGGCCAGAAAGCUGGCGGGAACACUUCAGUCAACAUCGACGGAGUACCACGUAAUGUCUUGGUCGAUACACACAAGCCUGCGGCGCUGGUUGAGAAGCUGAAGCUGUCCCUCCCCGAGGGUGAUGGCCUCGGCAAGGAAGGUCUGCUUGAUGUUGUGCAGAAGAUUCUAAGUUACAGCGUCAACACCUGGGACCAGGGUUUCAUGGACAAGUUAUAUGCGAGCAACACUCCGCUCCACGUGUAUCAAGUCUCGCCGGCCUUGAGUAUCACUGAGAAGAUCACAGCUAGAAAGUUUGCCAAUCUUUUCGGUUUCAACGGGCCUCGGGCGGGAGGAGUCACCUGCCAAGGCGGAAGCUCGUCCAACUUGACUUCUCUGGUUGUUGCCCGCAGUGCUCUCUACCCGGAAACAAAGACUUCAGGAAACGGCUCGUAUGACUUCGUUGUGUUCACCAGCGCACACGGCCACUAUUCCGUUGAGAAAAGCGCCCUCACCUGUGGACUCGGCGCGUCGAGCGUCUGGGCGGUACCGAUCGAUUCUGCUGGACGCAUGAUUCCCGAAGCCCUUCGUGAGCUUGUUCUCCGCGCCAAAGCGGAAGGCAAGACACCUCUGUAUGUCAACUCUACAGCCGGAACAACGGUAAUGGGCUCGUACGAUCCAUUUGAGGAGAUCUCGAGUAUCUGUAAGGAGUUUGGCAUGUGGUUCCACAUCGACGCAAGCUGGGGAGGGCCAGCAAUCUUCUCGGAGAAGCAAAAGUCGAAACUGAGGGGUUCCCAUCUGGCCGAUUCGCUGACGGUCAACCCGCACAAGAUGAUGAACGUGCCGGUGACGUGCUCGUUUCUUCUCACACCGGACGAGAAGGUAUUCCACAAAGCCAAUACUCUGCCAGCGGGGUACUUGUUCCACAACGUGGACGAGACCGAAGAUGUGUGGGAUCUGGCAGACCUGACCCUCCAAUGUGGUCGUAGGGGCGACAGUCUCAAGUUGGCCUUGGCGUGGAUCUAUUACGGUGCUGCUGGAUUCGAACGACAGAUUGACCACGCCUUCUCGCUGGCUGAACAUCUCACAACGCUGGUCGAACAGAGCAGUAACUUCGUCUUGGUUUCGUCGAACCCACCACCAUGCUUGCAGGUCUGCUUCUAUUACGCACCGGAUGGCCAGCUUGCGAAGGAUGCAGAGACAAACACCAGACGUACCAGCCAGAUGGUAUCAAAGCUCAUUGAGCGUGGUUUCAUGGUCGACUAUGCUCCGGGCGAAAGAGGCAGCUUCUUCCGAGUGGUUGUCAAUUGCCAGACCCUCAAGGGAACCGUUGAUGGGCUGGUCAAGGCGUUGGAGGAGGUUGGCAAGGAGGUCGUAGUGUAG